AUGCGCCUACAAGGCCUUAAAAACAAGACCCGGUUCUGGUCGGACCUCGUAGGCUCCGUACAUUAUAGCGAUGGUUAUGAAAGUUUCGUCUCCCGUAGCAUCUGGCAGCCCGUAGAGUCACAACCAUGGAAGGAGUAUGCCGUGCCGUCUGAGAUAUUUGUUGAAAGUCUCGCAUGGGACCUCUCUCAAGACUUGCUCGUCAUUUGGGGCGGCCGCAUGGACCGCAUGGGCUUCUUAGUUGCCGAGGCCGCGAUUCAUCUUGUCUCUCUCUCAACUGGGAAACCUCAUCCCCAGGCAACCAAACCGUGGUUUGACCUGGAAGGAGUACCAGAGGAGCACGUUGAUCUGCUCAUUUUGGGGGACAUUCUCGUCCACCGUUUCCCAGAUGAAGAUCAAGGCGGAGCUCUUUCGGUAUGGAGUUGGAAGUCUGGCGUUCUCCUUGAGGCAAGAGCUAUGCAGGUGUGGGCAGUGGCUUUCAUCUCAUCGGGCACACUACUUUACAUUGUCGGGAACACAGCCGACGAGCAGGAUGUCGCCGUCGACUAUCAUCUGGCACUAAGGAAAAUCACGGAGUAUUCGACCCUCUCACCGGUCAUUCAAGAGAUCAGGUUCGAUAUAUCGUUGUCGUCUGAUGAAUAUGUGGGAAGUAUCGGUUUCACGGCGCCAAUUCUCGAGGUCGACUCUUUCAGCAUACCCAAUGACCUCCCAAUGAGCCCGUAUAUUUGGGAUGAAGACGUCGAAUCGAUGAUCUGUAUCAAAUUUUACGGCACCUCAUUCACUUAUUUCAUUCGACCACGCGCUCUAUGUCGGCAGUUUGAAGCUGGUGCAGGGCAGCAUACCUCGAUGACAUACAACAGUCAAGAGGAUUCUCUCCAAGAUAUCAUCCUCCGAGUCUUGACAAACGAAUUUGAAGGCCUGGCAAUGAGGAGGUGUGGGGCUGGUUCGCGCGUGGCAUUUACCUCGUACAAUGUUGAUCAACUCGCAAAUGAAUCUAUCAUGCACCAACGAGAUCCUGUCAGGGUGGAUGGGGAGGAGUUUCUUGCCUGGAGUGUUGUCCUGGACUUGAGUCCUCGUCCGAUACUCUACAGGCAGGCCCGAAUUGCCCAGUUUCAUACUCCACUGGAGGAUCAGAACGGCAAAUCCAAGGGUGGCGUCAUGAGAUGCGAGGGUAGUGUCGAGCUACCCUAUCGACUCCUCUGGCCUUUGGUCCCUCCUCCCAAAAGAAACGAAUAUGAUGUCCUAUUCCUAACUUCAACUCACUUUGCUUUCAUUGCCGGCCCUUGGAAUGACAAGGUCUUAACAGCCUACUCAUGGUGGAAUACGUGA